GUCCCCGGCCUCUUCCCUUCGCUCUGCCUCCUGCCUCCUGCCUCUGCCCAUGAGUCGCUCUUCCCGCUCCCACCCUCAGAACAUGCCUCCUCCUGACGCCAUCAUGGGCCCUCCGCCGUUGCCUCCAACCAUCGUCUUCACCCCUUCUCAGGCUCCUGCCCCCAACGCAGGUCCCCAGGCCAGCUCACAAAAGUCGUCUCACCCGACUCAGGACGUCGGCGAAAAGUAUAGUAGGCUGAAGAGGAAGUACUUCGAGCUCGAUGAGAAAUUUAAAGAUGCUGUCAUUGAGAUGAACUCUGGUUAUAAGCGGUCUGUCCUGUGGAGAAACGAACGAACCUAACUAUCCCGUCCCCUACAGCUUGCUACUCGAUCGUAUCAUGGAACUCGAAAAUAACGUCCUUCCCAGUCCCAACUCCUUUCCAAGCCCUAUCAGCUCGGCAUACCCACGUAGUCUCUCCAACCCACGCGCUCAAAAAAUGUUCAUCGCCAACCUUGACCAAGGGAUCAUGGAAGCCGAAAUGGAAGAUCUGGACGAAGAUCCGCUCAUGCGAUCGCGACACAUUGGUCCUCACAUCCGCAAACGACAAGAAGCAGAACAACGGGAACGUCAAGAGGAGGAAGCGCGCGAAGCCAAGAGACAAGCGAGGAGACCGAGAGGGUCGGGGGCGGCACAGAAACAAAAGGAGACGAAUGCCGCAGCUAGCACAAGUAGGAACGAGAACAGCCAUCAUCACAACCCGCCGUUGCAGUAUGCUCAUUCGCCUUCUGGUCAGAGAGACUCCCCGUGGCUGGUGUCCGAGACCGGUACUAGGCUACGCUUGAAGCCGCCUGCGCCACCCCCGUCGUCAGCACCAGAACCGGGAGCUGAACUCAGCAUGUCGGCGCAUCAUGCUCAAAUCCAAUCCGAAUAUCAAACCCAACCACAGACCUAUCAGCUACCUCCACCCCCGCCGCCUCCACCGUCUCAAUUUCGGGCUGCCUCUCGUACACCACCCGAGGUCCAUAAUCAACAGCAAGCCUAUUCUCAACCGCAACCGCAACCGCAAUCUCAGCCACAAUCACAGUUUCAUUCACCGUCUCUCGCUCAAGCCUCUUCUCAUGCUCAACCGCCAGCACACGCUCAUUCUUCUCCUCAAAUUCAAAUUUCUCAUACACCCCAACCUCAGGUCCAACCAUCACCCCGGCCUGAACCUCAACCACAGUCACAAUCUCAGUUUCAAUCUCAGUCUCAUGUUCAACAACAGCCUCAACCUCAGCCUAAGCAUCAAGAACGUUCAGAAUCGCCUUUUCCGAUAGCUUCUCCUCAUGAGGAGAAGCAUACGUUUCUGACCAUGCCGCCACUACCUCUACCCCCACCCGUCCACCAACAACCACCACAACAGCCCCAACAACAUCAACAGCAGCAGAAGCCGAUCAUCCUCGAACCACAGGUCGCUCAUCCUCAACCGCAAGUAACCCUCCAACCAGUGCAACAAUAUGUCACACUCUCGCCUUCAGCCGACUACCGAGCCACACCUAUGGAUCCUAACAAAGCCGCCCAAUCUCAGAUGCAAAUCACCCUCCGCCCAAUGGGAGGUAACGGGACCCCAACAGGGCGACCUAGUGAGCUUCAAAGACAUGCGAAGCCCAAGAGACUGAAGGCGCAUACGGUGACCAGCAAGAGCUAUAGUAUCCCGAUGGUACCGAGGGAUAAGGAUGGGAAACCGCUUUUGCCAUUGAAUGUCGGGAUCAUGACGGUUUAUAAUUUGGGAGAGAUAUGUAGGAGGGAACACUUCCAUACGGAGAGGUAUAUCUUCCCGAUUGGGUACGAAGUUACUCGUCGAUAUUACUCUACCGUAGAUCCUACCACCGAAGUCAAUUACCGAUGCAAGAUCCUCGACGGCGGGGAUGGACCCAAGUUCCAAAUCAUCGCCGAUGACAAUAGGGAGGAUCCUGUUCUAGCCGGGACGGCUACCGGUGCUUGGUCUACUGUCGUGAAAGCGGCGAAUAGUAUCAGGAGUCGGCAGCAUAGUAAUUCGGUUUCGGGGCCGGAUUUCUUUGGGCUGGGACAAAAUACGAUCAAGCAUUUAAUUCAGGAGUUGCCUGGGGCGAAUGAGUUGAAGAAUUAUGUGUGGCAGAAGUUUGUGGAAGGAGGCCCUCUUGGCGGUCGCCACGCCGCUGUCAUACCUGCCCUCCCUGACGAAGCCGAACUCAAUGGCAGUCAACUCAUUCAAGCCCUCAGCGGUAUCGAACAUCUCAACAGGGUCCCGGAUGAUCUCAAUGGUUCGAGUAGUAGCGGUAGCCUCGUCGGUACACCUGGAAACGGGUAUACCGGUGGCAGGCGACGCGACAAAGCCAAUCGCGACGUCACUUCCGGCAACGGCAUGGCUACGCAUUAUUACUCUGAACAGCAGGGCGAACUCAUCGAGAUCGAGGACGGAGAACGGCCUCGAGAGUUGCAGAUCAUUCAAGUGGACUCUGAGGAUAUUCAUAAUGGCCAACCUGCUCGUCCAAGGUCGAAUACCGCUUCGGUAACCAUCACGGGUGCACCGGUGACUAUGACUAGUACGAUUAAGCCGCUGACUUUUCACCAGGAAUAUGCUAUUCCUCCGCCCCCACCUCCCGAUCCGGCACAGCAUAAUCGGAAAGAGAGAAGAGGGAGGAAGAGUUCGAGGGUGAGGGAGCAGCAUGGUGGGUUUGAAGAGUAUGUGGUUCCUGAUUCAAAUAUGAGCACACGGUCUCCUUCGAGACAACGAGCUUCGCAUUCGCAAUCACCAGCUUUGUCGCGGGCUGAUCGCGAUCGGGAAUCGCAUGAGCAGCAGCAGCAUCCUCCGUCACAACAACAGAUCUACUCUCCACAUCAACAACAUCAAAUUCCUCCUCCUCCACCUUCUUCUUCUCGCUCUCAGACUUCGCAAUCACCCUAUCUGUCUCCGCCUAAUGGUAGGGGGGAUGCAGAGAGAAGAACUUAUUUCGCCGGAUCGCCGCCGCCGCCACCGCCACCGAUCCCAGCGACGUUUGCGAGUAUCAUGAAUGCUUACCCUGCACCUCCACCAUCUCCGCGCAGCGAACGCAAACGUGCUGAAGACUCUUGGAAUGACCAGCAGUGACGCGGGUUGAUGCUCAUAGUCUUCGGAGUUAGGACGCUACUGGUCAUCCUUCGUGUCGCGUCAUGCUGUGCCAUGUUUUGUUUUUGGUUUUCUUGAACACUGGAUUCUCGUGCUUUUCUAGACGGUAUGAUAUGUAUGGUUGUGUCUUGUUUUCGCUCAGGUUCAUUGCUUUCCAUUCCGUAUUUCUGUUUGCUCUUUUGUACUUAUCAUCUCGAGUCCUACGUCACCGUCUAUCCUUACAUUAGGGCAUCCAUGUUAUGAUUUUCUUCUCCCCCCCCCCCUUUUUUUUUGGUGUUGAUUUAUGCUAACGAUGAUAUAUCACCAUGAUUGUCUCCCUCCUUCCAUUCUCAAUCGGCUCUAGGUCUCUGCCAAUCAGUCGCCUCAGGUUUCAUGUACCUUUUGCGCAGACCCACGACUUACGACUUUUUUUAGUGUCCAGCCCACUUAUCAAUCCGCCUCAAGACCUAUUCAUCCCCUAGGCUCCCUCCCGGGAUACCUCACCUUGCGGGAUGAAUACGGUCACCAACCUCACCCGUGGUUUGACGCGAUGCAAAGCGGUGCGGGGGUAAAACCUUGACUCUGCUUUCAUCGAUCCCAUGGGCGUGGGUUCUCACAACACUCGACUUUCUUUCCUUCCUCGGGAGGAAAGCGCGGGGUUGUUGAGUGAGGCGAUAUUAAGCCAAGCGGUCCUGAGUGGUUUUCGGAUCGUAGCCUCAUUGUGGGACUCCUGCUGUUGCGAGGAAUGUGCCAGAAUUUGGGGUAGUAUGUGGGGCUGACAUUCAAU